AUGAGGAAAGGCUUGGGGUUUACAAAGGGUGGACAGGAGGAUGCUCAGUCCCAAGUAUGUGCCCCUCCCUCCAGGGAAAUCAAAGAUCCUGCGGACCUGAGGGUGCAGCGGCGGGAGCAGCACGUCUAUUACCGGGACAAGCUGCUGCCCGUCAACUGGAUCAUCGUGCACCCCAACUACUAUGAUGUCGUGGACGGGUUUGACAUCGCCCUGAUGGAGCUGGAGGAUCCUGUGAAUAUCUCCUGCAAUGUCCAGCUGGUCGCUCUGCCCUCUGCCUCGGAAACCUUUCCACCAGGGACUCAGUGCUGGGUGACAGGCUGGGGAAAUGUGGGCAAUGGAGAAUCUCUACCCCUGCCGUUCCCCCUGAAGGAGGUGAGGGUCCCCAUCAUGGAAAACAGCAAAUGUGACGCAGAAUACCAUACUGGCCUGUACAUGGGGGACAACAUCCAUAUUGUCAAGGACAACGUGAUCUGUGCGGGGGACGAGGAGAGUGACGCCUGCCAGGGCGACUCUGGAGGGCCCCUGGUCUGCAAGGUCAACGGCACCUGGAUGCAGGCGGGUGUGGUCAGCUGGGGUUUAGGCUGUGCCCGACCCAAUAGGCCCGGCAUCUACACCCGUGUCACCUCCUACCUGCACUGGAUCCACCAGUACGUCCCCAAGGAGCCCUGA